UCCUGCCUUCUUGUUUGUCCUGGAAUACAAGACCCGACCUCGGGAGCAAAAUGUGCAAGGGACUCGCUGCGCUGCCAGCCACUUGCCUAAAAAGUGCUAAAGACAUGAAGCAUCGUCUGGGCUUCCUGCUGCAGAAGUCAGACUCCUGUGACUACAGCUCCUCCCAGGGCAAAAAGGAGAAAACAUCUUCAAGCCAGAGGGUUAGCCAAGAGGAAGUCAGAAAAUGGGCAGAGUCUUUGGAAAACCUGAUCCACCAUGAGAGUGAACCUGGAUUCCUGCACGCGGGAGAAGACGAGCCACAACGUGCUGGAGCCCACCCUGUCCUGCUUCGACGAGGCCCAGAGGAAGAUCUUCACCCUGAUGGAGAAGGAUUCCUACCGCCGCUUCCUCAAGUCCCCUUACUACCUGGACUUGGUCAGCCCGCCCGGGGCCGGCUGCGCGCCGCAGAGCUGCAAGAGGAGCCACGCUCACACCUUAGACUGCAACUCCAACAUCGUCUCGCAGUGCGCCUGAGCCUGCAGCGAGGCAGGAGCAGGCUGGGCUCCCGCCAGAAAGCCACCCCCCGCGGGGCAGCGCAAGCGCUCCUUGGCAUGAAGCAGCAGAGCUGUCUGCAGUAGAUGUCUAAUGUCCCAGUUGUGUUCCAUGUCAUGCCACAGCCAGCAUUCGUAACCCAAGCCAGGCUCAGUUUGUGUAGCAAACCCUCCUCCGACUCCCAGCAGCGCAGGAGCCCUGGGGUCUGUCUGACAGGAAGGCUGGGUGCGGUCACUGCGUGCCUGCUGUGUUUCUGGCGAGCCCUGCCAGCCCAGGAGGGGCUGCUAGGGAGCACGAGCUCAGACCCAGCGCUGCCCAACGAGGCACCAGAGUGGCAGCCUUGCAGCGUGACACCCGACGAGGAGCAGGGGAAAGAGGGAGCCAAGGGAAGCGUUGGGGACUGCCAUCUCCCCUUUGUAACU